GAUUCAGAUUGAGAAGUUGAAGCACAACCUGAUGAAGGCUGAAGAUGAUUGUAAACUGGAGCGGAAACAGACAAUGAAAUUAAAGAAUGCAAUUGAAAAAAGGCCAAGCAGGGAUGUAAUCUAUGAGCUGCAAAGAGAAAAUGAGCUGCUGAGAGCCAAAAUCCAGGAACUUGAUAAACCACUACAGAAUUUGCCAAAAGAGGAGACCUCAGAGAAGAUACGGCUGUACAUCCAGGAUCUGGAAGGUGAACGUAGACAGGCCUUGGAGCAGUAUCAGGAGAUGGUCAACACCGUGUGCACGCUAAAAAUGAGUCUGCGGCAGGCCGAGGACCUCCGAGACAAGUACUUAGAAGAGAAGGAGGUGUCAGAACUGCAGUGUACAGCCCUGAAGAAAGACUCCAAGAUGUACAAAGAUCGAAUAGAAGCCAUUCUACAACAGAUGGAUGAAGUGUGUAUAGAGCGCAAUAUGGCAAUUGCAACACGGGAGGAAUUCCAUACACAGUAUACCAAAGGUCUGAAGGAUAAGGACGCUUUAAGGAAACAGCUCCGGGAACUAGGCGAGAAGUAUGAUGAUCUGCAGAUCCAGUUGAUCAGAAGUGAGGGGAAACUGCUAUCUCUGGAGACCAAGCUGAAGCGAACAGAGUCACCAGCGCUGUCCUCUGAUGCAGAUGAAUGUUCAUCUCGAAGUUCUUUAGAAAUAACUACUUUGAUCAGUGUACCUGAGAACAAGACACAACAUGAUAAGGAUCAACCAAGACCAUUAGAAAAUGGAAGUGAUCAUGGGGAAACACCCAAGACAGAGGAAAAUGAACACAGUCCAGUGAAUGGUGAACCGCUAUUUAAAGCCAGGAGGAAGAUUAGGAGCUUUGAAGAUAAUCGCAGGAUCAGGGCCUUGAAAUUCAAAAAUUCCCCGAAAAAUGAAGAGUGUUAUACGUCAGAAAGUGAAACUGACGUGACCCCAUAA